AUGUGGUUCGCAACUACGUUCGAGGUCCCUGCAGACUGGGAAGGGCAAAUCGUCAUGCUUCACUUUGAAGCCGUAGACUACGAGGCCAAGAUUUUUGUCAACGGCGAACGUGUUGGCUCCCAUGUCGGAGGAUAUUCUCGCUUUAGUCUUGAUGUCACUCGACAUCUGCGGCGAGAGGGGGCGAACGACUUACUUGUUCACGUUCAUGACCCUACAGACGUGAAACCGUAUGUCAUCCCCGUCGGCAAGCAAUCCAAAAAUCCGCGGCAUAUCUGGUACAGGCCCUGCUCGGGUAUCUGGCAGCAAGUCUGGCUCGAGAGCGUGCCGGUCAAUCACAUUACACAACUGGACAUUGAAGCAAAGAUGGAUGGCAAAUUGGUGGUCUUUGCCCACAAUUCGCAAGCGCAGAUAUCCCCGCAUGUCGAGCUGUCUGUCUACGAUGCCGAUGGCAAGCUUGUGGUCAAGGGCUCGGGCCAAUCUAAUAGCCCCUUCGAAGUCCAGGUUAAGAGCCCUCGCCUGUGGUCUCCUUCCCACCCGGUGCUGUACCGACUUUCUCUCACAAUGGGCAGUGACCAGAUAUCCAGCUAUGCUGGAUUUCGCAGCAUCUCCAGAGGUGUAGUUGAUGGAAUUCCCCGACCUCUUCUGAAUGGCGAGUUCAUCUUCCAAUUUGGAACCCUGGACCAAGGAUACUGGCCAGAUGGCCUCUACACACCGCCAAGCCGCGACGCCCUCAUUUACGACCUGCGCGUGCUCAAAAGCCUCGGAUUUAAUAUGCUGCGCAAGCAUAUCAAGAUUGAGCCUGAUUUGUUCUAUCACGCCUGUGACGAAUUGGGGUUGAUGGUGGUGCAAGACAUGCCAAGCUUGCCGCCAGACGAUGCAGGCACGGGUCAUCCGGAUGCUGCGCAGCAGGAAGAAUAUCAACGCCAGAUAGAGACCCUUGUUCAGCAACACAAGAAUUUCCCCUCCAUUGUCACAUGGGUCAUCUAUAACGAGGGCUGGGGGCAGCUGCGGUCUCCUCCCUGGCCGGAGGAGAAGCUGGUUGAUAUCAUACGCGGCCUCGACCCGACAAGGCUUAUUGAUGCCGUGAGCGGAUGGUUCGAUCACGGAUUCGGUGAUUUUGCGUCUUGUGGGACGGUCAAGCAGGCCAUAUGA